AUGCUACAGACCUUAGGUCAUGCCUCCGGCAACGACGCCAAGGAUGCCUGUGUCAGCAAGGAGCUCGCUUCUGUCACUGAGCUGCCGGGAAACACUGAAACUGUCAUCGCUUGGCUUUCAGAGGAUGGACUUGUGCUGGUGUUUGACCGGCUGACCGAGUCGAAGGAAAACAGUGAAAGGCUGUCCUUAAACGUCGCCGACUCAGACGAUUGUUCUGCAACAUCUCUGGCAUGGAUACCAGAUCUUGGUGUUGAGGGAAACCCACUGCUUUGUGUUGGAUUCGCCCAUGGCGGUGUCAGCCUGUUUUCGCAUAAGGCAGCUGUUCUCUUUUCAUUCUUGGUGUCUCCGACUGCUAUCCUUCGAGUUCGAUACUACAUGCAAACUGCAAAAUCUAUCCCGAUGGACCAGACUACCUGCGGAGGAGUCAAGGAUGCCAUGCAGAAGCCGGGCUCCAGGCCACGGCUCAGUCUCAUGCUCCUCCACGAACACGGUCGCGUCGUUGUGAUAGAGCCAGAGGGAAUCCGGAAGGCAGCUGGGCAGCUUCCCGACCCGGAGGACCAUCCCCUUGACGCUUUGGGGUUUUCUGUCUACGACCUUCGUGGCCGUGCCGGCAUCACUGAUGCCGUUCUCCUGCCUGAUGCAAGAUCACUGGAGGACCCCUUUGCCAUCAAGCGACGCGAUGACACGAUGAGCGUGGUCGCCCUGGGCUCGCAACCGUUUCUGUCCAUGCACAGCCUCCGACAUACGGCAAGCAGCUCAGGCCCCGGCAGAUCGCUGCUGGGAACUGCCGCCUCAGCUCUUGGAAGCUAUGCCAGGUCCUGGGUGGCCUCGCGCAACACGAGUAGUGGCCAUCCCCAGCGUGACCGAGGAGCAGUGCUGAAAAUCGCGGGCUUCGCACAAGCAAGCGAGAUCCAGGUAGCUCCCCGCCUGAGCACGGAACUGCCUGUCGCGGCCAAGUUCAUUGAUGCCUCGAGGCAAGGGGAGGUCCUCAUUCCGGCACCCUGGAACUCAAGCGACUCAACGAGACUGGCUGCAACCUGCGAUGCUUACGGCCGUGUGGCGUUGUUCUGCCUGGAGUCCCUUCGAUGUCUCCACUUGUGGAAAGGCUACCGGGAUGCGCAAGUUGCGUGGGUUUCUGCAAGCCUUGCGAAGGCAGUUGCAGGAGAAGGCCAUGAACACCGCAGCAAGGACCACACAAGCCCAGACUUGCCGGGCCUAGUGAUCUAUGCCCCGCGACGAGGGUUGCUGGAGCUGUGGCAUCUUUGGUCGCCGACUGGUCCCAAGCGCCUCGCUGCUAGCUGUGUGGGUUCGGACUGCAUUCUCCUGUCGCAGGGUGGUCGUGCAUACCUUUGGUGGCAAAGCGGCAAGGUGGAUCGAGUGCUUUGGCCCGCCGCUGGAGCUGCGACUCCGCCGAGUAUCGAUCCAGACAGUGAUGCUUUCGAUUCUGCGGACAGUCAGGACACAUGA